AUGAGCGCGGACUAUCAUCACGUGGUUGAUGACUGCGACGAGGCAUGGGUUGCGUGGACACGGUUGAAGACUCUCUACGGCGGAUCGCAGAAGGCGGGACGGAUCUUCUUGAAGCGGCAGCUGUUCAGCAUGGAGAUGGCGGAAGGCGGCAAUUUCAUGCAUCAUUGCAAUGAAGUUCUCAACAUCAGCGCCAAGCUCAGCAGCAUCGGCGCCGAGAUGGAGGAUGAGGACGUGGCGAUCUGCUUGUUGUGCAGCCUCCCCAAGAGCUACGAGAACGUCGUGCUGAACUUGGAGAUGAGCAGCGCGGAACUGCGGACGCAAGACGUCGUGAAAGUGCUGACGAAUGAGCACAUCAAGAGACAAGGGAAAAAGACGACAUCGGUGAAAACUGAAGAAGCGACCAAGGCCUUCAGUACCGAGCGUGAAUUCCGUCAAUGUACGUUCUGCGGAAAAUUGGGUCACGUGGUGAUAAAGUGCUGGACCAAACAGAGGGAAGACGACCGAGGAGAUCGACGCAGCGGCAACAAGGGCCGUGCCAUUGGGCUCGUGGACGCGGAGCAAAUCAAGUCCAAUGGCACGGCUACAACGGCAACGGCAACAACUAAGACCAUGAUCGACGGUGCAACACAUCACAUCUGCUAUGACAAGUCCAAGUUCGAAUUUCUGGACGAGCGCAAUGAAGGCGAAGUGUUGGUUGCAGAUGGGAACAAGGCUGCGAUCAACGGUGUCGGGACAAUCAUCGAAAAGGUGACCCUGUCCAACGGUGAAGAGCGCGAAGUCGAGAUCAAGAACGCGCUUUACGUCCCAAGCAUGAACAAGAACUUGCUGUCGAUACCACAAAUCAACAAAAGCGGCAAGUUUCAAGUGGUGUUUGAUGGUGACGAGAUGAAGAUUUCGCACAAAGGCUCCAAGCAAGUAAUAGCGAUGGCCGAUCUUGUGGAUGGCCUCUAA